AUGGCAACAGCAGAGGAUACAGAGAGCCUGAAACAGGAGAACUUUGCCAGGCUCCUACGAAUAGAUGAGUUGGAGGAGAAAACUGAACGAGUGGAGUGGGAGCUAGAGGUGGCCCAAAUUCAAAAGGAGCAAGCUGAGGCAAAGGCUGGUGGGUUAGAACACCAGGCCCAGGCAGGGAAAAGGGAAGGAGGCUCAAAAGAAAUCGGGCGCGUGAUAGUGGUGGAAGCAGAGAGAACUCGCGCACUAGAGCAGCUUAUUGCAAAUGGAGCCCAAAAGAGCCAGGAGAGGGAAGAGAAGCUACAGAAGAUGCAGAGGGAGAUGGCAGCUUGGAAAGAGAAGCCUACUACAACCUGCACAACCCAGACAAGGGAACAGAAAGAGAUAUUACAGAAGUUGGAGGUCGCCAAAAGCAUGAUAGAGGUCCUUCAGAAAGAAGUCCGCAGCCAGGCGGAUCAUAUACAGGAACUGCAGGAUGAGUUGGAUGAGUGGCAGCAGAAGUGCUUUCAUGCAAAACACCAAGCACAGGAGCUGUGGGACGAGCUGCUUAAAAGCCAUGCCCAAGCAAAAGAAACGGGCAAGGCUUUUGCACAGGAGAUGGAGAAAAUAAAAGCUAACCUGGCAAAUUACGAGAACCUGUACAAUCGAAGCUUGUCCCUUGAAAGUGAGGUGGAGGCUGGGACAAAAGAGACUGAGAGAUUACGGUCCCAGCUGCAGAGGGUGGAGGCAGAAAGAGACCACAUGGGAGAAUAG